AUGGCACAGUGUACAGAGAUCACCCCGUACCUCCUGGUGAUGGAGUUCUGCCCGCUGGGGGACCUAAAGGGAUAUCUGCAGAGCUGUGCGGCCUCCAAGUCCACGGCACCGGACCCGCUGACACUACAGAGGAUGGGCUGCGAGGUGUGCUGUGGGCUGCUCCACCUGCACAAGAAUAACUAUACACACAGCGACCUCGCUCUGCGGAACUGCCUCCUGACCGCCGAUAUGAUGGUGAAAAUUGGUGACUACGGGUUGGCCCAUUCCAAAUAUCGGGAUGAUUACCUGGUGACGUCUGACCAACUGUGGGUCCCCCUGCGCUGGAUCGCCCCGGAGCUCAUUGAUGAAGUACAUGGGAACCUCUUGGUGGUGGACCAGACCAAGUCCAGCAACAUCUGGUAGGACAUCCGCCCUGUCUCUGCCUUGUUUGUCACUCGCAGUAGCUCUCCCCUCCGUGCCCUGGGUGGAGCCCCGGG